AGCUGCAUCUCGAGUCAAGCUCGUUUCGCUUUCAAAUCUGAGAGGUAGCUCGGCAAGUCAGUGGACGACAUGGCUGAAGGCAAGAAGGAGGGCAGCAACAUGCAGGCGUUCCUGCUGGACUUCAUGUUGGGUGGGGUGUCAGGUGCUGUUUCCAAGACUCUGACCGCUCCCAUCGAGCGCGUGAAGCUGGUCGUGCAGACUCAAGACGCGAACCCCAAGAUCCGCAGUGGCGAGGUGCCUCGUUACACCGGAAUGGUUGACUGCGCCCAGCGUAUCUUGAAGGAGCAGGGCAUGAAGCGUUUCUGGGACGGCAACUUCACCAACUGCCUUCGCUACUUCCCCACCCAGGCGUUCAACCUGGCCUUCAAGGACACAUUCAAGAAGAUGUUCCCCAAAUACAAUCCCAAGACCGAGUUUUGGCAAUUCUUCGGCGCCAACCUGGUGUCUGGUGGCCUCGCAGCAGCAGCCAGCAUGACCAUUGUGUACCCCCUGGACUAUGCUCGAACAAGACUGGCUUCGGACGUGGGCUCUGGCAAGGCUACUUUCAGUGGCUUGGGUGAUUGCCUGGUCAAGACUGCCAAGGGACCAGGUGGGUUCUUUGCCCUGUACACUGGCUUUGGUGUGUCGGUCGCGGGCAUCAUCGGCUACCGUGGCCUGCAGCUGGGCACCUUUGACACCAUCACGGGCUUGAACCCUUACAAGAAGGAUCCUGGUAUGAUGGGUGCAGUCACCACGUUCGGAGCUGCACAGACAGCCAUCACCAUUGGAGCAGGAGCCACCUACCCCUUUGACACCGUGCGAAGGCGGCUCCAGAUGCAGUCCGAGAAGCCCGUGGAGGAGCACAUCUACAAGGGCACCCUGCAUUGCUUCAAGACGAUUGCUGCCGAGGAAGGCCUCAUGAAGGGUCUCUACAAGGGAUUCCUUGCCAACGUCGUGCGCAGCGUCGGCGGAGCGUUGGUGCUUGUCUUGUACGACCGCGCCAAGAUGUACCUCGCAAUGUGAAGAAGCCCUCAGGCACGCAGGGAGACUUUGCUUGAGGCUAGAUGAUUGGGGGGUUUGGCACUGGGUCAGUAAAUGCUUUUGCUGUUCAUGCAGCUGGCAGUGGAUGUGUAUGGCCUGCCAAGACUUGAGAAGCAGGCAAAUGAGAUGCUGGUGACUGAAUCUAUCAGCGAGUUCCGAUCGCUUUACACGGCUGGCAUGUGAGAUGCUCUUAAGACCUCCUUGAUGCUGUUUCCUGAAACCAGGGCAGCCCACGUUUCCCCGUACUCAGCACGCACAGCACGGGAUGAUUGUUGUGAGCUGGUCAAUGCAGGUUGCACGCAUUCAGCAAUGUUGCAUGUGCCCGAUUCUGUUUCAACAGGCUCUCGGCUGUGCAGAAAGACAUUUUGGCAUGGGGUUGCGCUCGCUUCGGGUG